CCUGGGCUCAUCUCACAUCGUACGGUACUGCGGAACAGAGCAGUCAUCGCCUCGCGUAGCCUCCCAGCAAGCGUCGAUCAAUUCUUCAGUCUUGCCUUUCACCAGCUUUUGAAAAGCUCGAACACACACCUCACCCAGCAGACAACGAUCAUGUUCGGACUCACCCUCUCACGCACCUGUUCUCUCCUCCUCGUCGCGCUGAGCGCCUCGACCGUCGUUGUAGCCGACAGCCCCGCCGCGGGCGUGAGCGGCAUCGAUGCGAUCGCCCUGCAAGCGCGUGCGCACGCGCGCUCUGCGCACGUGCACGCCGCGCACAAACGUCUGCACCGCAUCCCGCGCUCGCAGCACAACAAGCACGCCCCCGCUGUCGCGCGCGAUCAGCAGUCCGAUCAAGCGAGCCUCGACUGCUGGAACAACGCCUUCCAUGCCAUGAGCACCAAGUGGCAAAAGGCCGUCCAGGCCGGUGACGUGACCGACUUCGAUACAUUUGCCAGCCAGCACGGCGGCCUGCCUGACCCCAGCAACUGCUCGGGUUCCAGCUCCACCUCGGGCUCUGUAUCCAAGUCGAAGUCGAGCUCAUCCAAGCCAAAGGCGACUGUAAAGGUGGCCACAUCGCAGCAAACCCACAGCAAGCCGCCCGGAAGCAGCAGCAGCAGCAGCAACAGCAGCAGCAACAACAGCAGCAACAGCAACAGCAACAGCAACAGCAACAGCAACAGCAACAGCAACAGCAACAGCAACAGCAAGGAAAAUAAGCAGGCUUCCUCCUCGUCGUCGUCCGCCCAGACUUCCCCCUCGCCUUCCGCUAACUCCAACUCGGGCUCGGGCUCCAGUGGCAACACGUGCGGCACGGAUUUGAGCGCGAUGCCGAUCGACCAGCUGCUGUCUAAGUCGUCUUCGAAGGUCAAAGCCAUCGGCAGCACAAUCAAGUCGGCCGCCUCGUCCGUCGGCAUCCCCCCGCAGCUGCUUGUCGCCAUCUCGUGGGCCGAGUCAACCGGGGGGCAGGAUGGCAACGCGUACAGCAACGGUUGGGGCAUGUUCCAGUUCAGCGAUGAUGGCGCCUGGAACGAAUACGGCAACGGCGGAAACAGACUCAACGACGGCGACGCCGCCUGGGCCGCCGCGCGCUAUAUGGCUACCCUUUGCAAGAACAGCGGCGGAAACCUCUGGCAGGCGCUGCGCGGCUACAAUGGCCCACUCGACCAGGGCGGAAACCCGCAGUACCAGUCGGAGAUCUACAGCUUCAUGGCUGGGAACAUCUAAAAGCCGAAGCACGGCUCACGCAAAAGAAACCACUUCCCCUCCUUUUUCUCUUUUUUCUCGUUUCUUCCGACUCGCAUCCAGCGUUGACAUUGUCCCUCUUCAGACCCACGUCUUGCCUCGCUGGUUUCGUCUGGCAGCGUGUCUGGAGGCAUUUCUUUUUGGCAAGAUGCGUGGAAGGAGGAAAGCGCUGGUUUGCUUUCCCCUUCCUGUUUUGUUCCGACCUCGUUUGGCGUGCCCUAUCAUACAUACAUUCAUCCAGCUUUCCAUCCAUCUAUCUAUCCCAGUAUCGCAGCACACAUCUAUCUACCCGCGCGAU